GGCGGGUCUGCGGCUUCUCUUCCUGCAGCUUCUCCCCCGCAACCGGAGCCCGGGCUCCGCAGUUCUUUCCCAACGCCUCAGAACGUUGUCCUGACGUGAAAGAUACAAAUCUGUGUGCCAAUGGACAGAGACCAGUGAGUGAGGAACCAUGGAGUUCAGGAGCCCAGAGAGUUCCACCUCGGACCUCAAGCUGGUCUGCCACCCGAGAGCCAAGAGCAAAGUGUGGAAGUACUUUGGCUUCGACACGGACGCUGAGGGCUGCAUCCUGCAGUGGAAAAAGAUCUACUGCCGGGUUUGCAGGGCUCAGAUCGCCUAUUCGGGGAACACGUCCAACUUGUCCUACCAUCUGGAGAAGAACCAUCCCAGUGAGUUCCAUGAGGUGGUGAGGAGCAACACCGAGCCCUCCCGGGAGCCCUUCCCCUCCUCCCUCCUGAAGCUGGAACUCGACAGUCCUCACCCGAGCGCCCAGUCUAGUUACGGCCAGGACAGCAGGCGGCACCAGGAGCUGACCCUGGCCAUCACGGCCUUCAUCUGCGACGGGCUUCACCCGGCCGGCCUGGUGGAGGAGCCCACCUUCAGGAAGCUGCUCCGGGCGGCCGACCCCCGGUUCGAGCUGCCCGGGCGGAGGUACUUCAUGGCCAGAGCCAUCCCCGAGCGCUACCACUCCACGCGAGCAGCCGUGGAGAAGGAGCUGGCCGCCGCGGCCUGGUGCGGGCUGACCGCCGAACUCUGGACCUCGCACAGUAGGGGCCGGCGCUAUACCUCUCUGACCGCCCACUUCCUGGGGGGGAGAGGGGGAGGCGGCGGCCCGACCAGCUUCGUCUCCAAGUGCCUCAGCACCUUCGAGGUGGCAGAGGACGGCACCCCGGAGAACCUGGCGCACAGCCUGGCCGAGCAGCUCCGCGAGUGGGGCGUCAGCCAGAAGGCACUGGGUGCCACCACCGUCGGGGGCAGCGAGGGCGUGGCGGGCGCCUGCUCCCUCCUCAGCCUGCCCGUCCACCUGCCCUGCCUUGGGCACGUCCUGAACACUGCCCUGGGCCUGGCGCUCCAGCUGCCCAAGCUCUGCUCCCUCCUGCUCAGGUUCGGCAGGCUGGCUGGGCACCUGAAGUGGGAGCCCAGGGCAAUGUGCCCGCUGGGCGGGGAGAAGCCGAGGCCGCGGGGGCCGGUCAGCGACUGGACCACCUGGGGUGGGGCCGUGGCCAUGCUGCGGGGGCUGGGCGAGCAGCGCCUGUCCAUCGCCCACACGCUCGCUGAGGACCCACUUCACGGACACCUGGUGCCGGAUCCCAGCGACUGGAUCUCCGCCGAUGCGCUCGUGUCGCUGCUGGAGCCGUUCGAGCAGGCGGCCGAGAUGCUGGCGGGGUCGGGGAGCAAGUACCCGAUGCUCAGCGCGGUCCGGCCUCUCCUCCACGUCCUGCUCGGGUCCACGCUGCGGCCGGAGGACUCGGACUCGCCGCUGCUGGGCGCCGUCAAGGAGACCGUCGCCGCGCGGCUGUCCGAGGCUUACCGCCUGCCCCAGGAGCUGGAGCUGUUCCUGGACGCAGCCACGUUCCUGGACCCCCGGUACAAGAAGGUGCCGUUCCUCUCGCCCGCCCGCCAACAGCAAUUGGAGACCCGGCUCCUGGAGGAGGCCUUGACGCUCUCGGAGAAGGCGAGCCGUGAGGGGGACUGGGCGCCCGAGGAACCCCCGCUCAAAAAGAUGGCCCCGGCCCCCAGCCCCCGCCCCUGGGCCCGCUGCAAGGCGGGGAACAUUGGCUUGUUGUUGGCUGAGAUGUUCGGGCAGGCGGCCGGGGCAGGGGGCGAUGAGGACGAGGAUGCCCAGGACGGCUGGCACGCCCGGGUGGUGGAGGAGCUGAACAAUUACAAGUGGCAGAAGGUGCCCGACCUGAGCCAGGACCCGCUCCGGUGGUGGUGGGACCGGGCCGCGCUUUUCCCCACCCUGAGCCGCCUGCUGCCGCGCUACUGGUGCGUGCCAGCCACCAGCGUCCCCGCCGAGCGGCUCUUCACUGGGGCCGGAGAGCUGCUGGACGCCAAGAGGAAUCAGCUGGUGCCGGCGGAGGUGGACCAGCUGCUGUUCCUGUACGAGAACAGCCGGGCAGACAGGGAGGCCACGGGCGAGGAUGAGUAGCGGCGACAGCAGACGCACAACGACCGACAGGCCUUCACUGUGGAGGCGCCCUGAGGCUCGUGUGUUGAACCCCAGCGACCAAAGCCACGGGAGGGAGAGACACUGACUCCGGAUAAAGCGCUUUGAGUCACGGGCUUCCGCAACUGGCGCCAUCUCCGUUACCGCAACUCUUCUUUUCUU